GAAACCAAUAAUGCAUCCGGGGAUUUUAGAAAAAUGGCUGCACCCUGUCCAACAGCAGAGGUUCAUUUUGCUCAAAAACUUGCGGCCAAUGAAAAGAGAACAAGAGACAGUGCUUUUAAAAAAUUAAAGAAGUGGCUCCAAUCUCGGUCAAGUGACGGAAAGGAAGCAGACUUCUUAAAAAUAUGGAAAGGUUUACACUACUGUAUGUGGAUGCAGGACAAACCACUUAUUCAGGAGGAACUUUCCGACAACAUGGGUAAGCUAUUGCACGUGUUUGGGAAGGUGGACAUCUCUCUGGUAUUCCUAGGGGUGUUCUUCCAAACUGAGUCCCGAGAGUGGAGUGGCAUAGAUCGAUGGAGAAUGGACAAAUUUAUGAUGCUAACCAGGGAGAUGCUUGGCCAAGGCCUAGCCUUACUGAAGAAGGCAAAGUGGAAGAAGAAUCACAUAGAUUUGUUUUGCCAAGUUAUGAAGGACCAGGUCCUGAUGGCAGAAAAUGAUGGCUAUAAAAUCCACAUUACUGACAUCUAUCUGGACGAGCUUCAGAAGUCGGGGGCUGAUGUGCUUUCACCAAGCCAAGUGGUCCAGUUUUUAGAGCCCUUUUCUGCAUUUUUAGUUGAGUCCAAAAACACAACCCUGGUAAAGCGAGUAAUAUCCAGGAUUUUUGAUGCCAUAAUACAACAGACUGUUGAUGAUGCUAAACAGAGAGCAGAGAGGCUGCUACAGAGAGAAGAUGAGGCUAACAACAAUGGAGUAGAACUUGAGAAUUCUGAUGAUGAGGAUGAUGAUGACACUCCUCUUAGACUUGAUUUUGACUAUGGGGCAAUAGCUGACAGGUUGUUUGAACUUGGAAAGAAACCCGAGUGUUUAAGUCGGCAUAGAACCUUGAUUUACAAUGUUGUGAAAAAGCUUCGUGAUUUGAAUGAAGGUGUCCUGCCAACCAAAGAAAACGAUUACACUGACCUAGAGAAAGGUUACAUCAACCGAGAAGAGUUCGCUAAGUCUGUCAAUAAGCUUAUCUCCAUGGAAACAGAGGUCCAAAGACAGAAAAGAAAACGGAAGAAUCGGAAACGAAAGAAAAACCAGGAGAAAGCAAAUGAAGAGGACACAACUGUGAAGAAAAGAAAAAUGGAUAGUUCAACAGAGAUCAACAAAACAGACAGUGUUACUGAGGAUAAUCCAGGGACAGGGCAAAAAAAAGUGAAAAAAGAAACAGGACUCACAAAAUUAAAGGACAAAUUACUGGGUAAACGGAAAAAGGACAGUGAAUCUACAGAGCCUUUGAAAAAGAUGAAACGAGCAGAUUCAAGUCAAGGUGUAGAAAAACCUUCUGUUGUAAAUGUGAAAAGCAGAAAAACAGAAGCAGCAGUGAAAAGUUCAGAAACUCAGAAGCCAGCUGGGAUUUCUGUAACACCAAAGAGAGCAGUGACUCGAAAAUUAGCUGAGAACAUAGAAAAAGAUUUUGAAGCUCCUCCCUUUGAUGUGGAGGACAGUGGUUCAACAUUAGAGAAAGACAUUGCUAGUGUAAGUAAGCAAUCGAGUCACAGAAAGGUCCCACUGGACACCCUAGAACUAAAGCAUAUACACGACCAGGAAGUGGCUCACAAAAAGGAUGUAGAAGAGGAGGUGGAGAUAUGGGUUCCGAAUAAAAAGUACUCCGGCAAGUUAAAGGGACUGUUUGAAAAACAAGGAAAAGGUCAGGAGGUCAAGAAGUUUGCUCAGUUUGAAACCAGUGUGCCAACCCCUCCAGCCUAUGUGAGGAAAGCAGUGGCCAGGAUUGCCACCCCAAAGACAGACCCAGGGAAGGCAUCAAAGAAACUGGUGGAAAAUGAGAAAGGAAGUGAAACUUCUAAACGAAAAGUUACGUUUGACAUGAAGAAAAACAAAGCAGUGGACUUUAAGAAAAGUAUUCAGUUCAGCCCAGCACCUUACAACCCGAACAAGAAACCAGAACAGAGCAUUCUUAAAACACCAGAGGGGGCGUCCCAUGUCAAUGUUUCCGUAGCAACGCCUCAUGGAACGAUGCACUUCUCUACCCAGAGACCUACCAGGCAGCAGACGCCUCACGUCAACAAAAUGAGGAACGUCAAGAGAACGCCAUCUAGUGCCAAAAAACUGAGGACGCCGGCAAGUACUCAGAAAUAUGCAGGGACACCUGUACCCAAGAAAGCAGCCCCCGUGUUAAGUAUGAAAAAGUCUACCCCUAGGGCUAAAGCUCACGACUUCUUCUGAGACCGUUUUUAAUUUUUUUUUCUUAUUAGAUGGUUGUUAGUGCCAAGUGAGACAUAUAUGUUUUCUGACAUCUUUGAAAUAUUAUAUGCAUUAUUUGUAUAUAUGAAUAUUUUCAUUUUACCGUCAAAGCGUAUUUUCAAAUAUUCUUGAUUUUUUUCUCCAUAUUAAAAUAAAAUUAAUCUAAUAUUUUAUAGCACUUACAUAUAUUAUGGCUUUUAAAAAGCAUUCAUUGUUGUUGUUACACAAAUUUACAUUCAGUGAAGAUUUUCUAAUCCAAAUGUUAAUUAUUGUAAAAUGUUUGCUUGAUGUGAUGUAAAUUUUAGAUACUACUCAAUAAAUUCAAAUGUUUAAAAUGUCUGAACUUUUGUCUAAUCCAACCAUUUUCUUUUUACCAAUGGUGUGAUAAAGAUUAGACAAGUUUUAUUGUACUAAAAGAGUAAGCCGCAAAAGUUCGCAAUAUUUUGUUCAAAUAGAUACUGUUAUGUAGAACUUUUGUUUAAUAUUGACAAAUAAUGCUAUACACGUCCUUUCAACAGACAUAAUAAAUCAUCAAGAAAAUAAAUACUUAGUAAGGCACUGAAGAGAAUUUCAGAGAAAUAUUUAAUAUUUGGAGUUUUGCUUUCACUGGCAGCUACAUUGUACAUUUAUAUGUAUAAAUAAUUCAUUAUUGGUAUCUGAUACUUUCAUACAAAAUAAAAAAGAUUUAUUUAAUGAG